ACCAAUUUUAAAAAAAAUGUUCUGUGUGAUUUUAUUCGGAUUUUCGACCAAUUUGGAUUUUUCAAAGCUUUGUACUACUGUCUUGUUUGCCAUUAUUCACAGAGUACAUUAAUAUAAAUACUGAAAGCAUUUAGCAAGAAAUCACUCUGUUUUAUAGUUUUUUGGUUUGGAUUGUUUGGUAGGUAAAUUGGUAAACAAAUCAAGGGUCUAAGAAAACCUGAACUAAACAGUACCAGAUAAAACGAUACGUUUAAGCUUUUAACCCAUUUCAACCUUUAUAAAAUGGAUAUGGAUAUUGAGUUUGAAAGUGAUGAAGAUACAGAAACCCAAAUAAAAGAUCUGGAACAUCUGACUGCUGUUUUGGAAGCCGAUGAACCUUCUUCAAGUGUUGUGUCCCAAUAUUCAGCUAACACGCUGAGUCUCCUGUGCCCGUAUGAUAAAAUCCAAGACUAUUCUAAAAUUGAAACCGCUCUAGCGCUCAAUAAACUCACUGAUGACAAACUGAUUCGCUUAGAAAACAUACUUCUUGAUAGAUUAUAUGAAUGUAGAAAAAAUCUUAUAGAAUUACAUGAUUCAGACAAAUUCAAUGAUAGGCCAAGAGGCCAAGCCUUUCGUUACACAAAUUGUGGAAAACCAUACUUCAAGGAUAAAGAUGGUUUUCAACCUCCUGAUAACCCUGAUACAAUGAUUAUGGCCAAAACAGAAAUGUAUGACUUCUCAAAUAUUGCAGCUGUGCCAGGGUGGACUAUUAAAGAUAAAACUGAAUUUGUUUCAGUAGUACUGAAAAUGACCAAAGAUAUUAAGACUAAUGAACUGAAGUCAAAAAUUGCAGAAAUUAAUCGUGACAAAAAUUUAAAUGAGGCAAAGAAAAGUAAACUAAUUGCAGCUUUAAAUGCAGAAAUCCAGAAGAUUCCAAAGAAAAACCUCAAGGAAUUAGCUUUGCCUAUUGAUCAAGACUAUGAUUGGGAAAGUAUAGCUAAUUCUUUCAAUUACAGACACAGUCCUCGAGAAUAUAGUUCAUUAUGGCAGUUAUUUCUACAUCCCUCUAUCAAUAAAGAAUCAUGGAGCAAAAAUGAACAUUUGGACCUACAAAAAAUUGCAAAUCAGCAUAAUUUACAAAACUGGAAACAAAUCGCUAUCGCACUAAAUACAGGACGUACUGAAUAUCAAUGCUUUGUAUAUUUCAGAACUAAUAUGGCCAAUACAUUUACAAAUCAAAAAUGGACCAAGGAAGAAGAAGAAUAUCUCAAAAGAGUCAUUGAAUAUUAUAGAGAUGAUGAUUAUAUACCUUGGGGGCGCGUGGCAGCUGCAAUGGAGAAUCGGACAAAAAUUCAAAUCUAUAAUAAGUAUCUCCGACUCCUGGAACAAAGAAAAGGAAGAUUUCUCCCAGAAGAAGAUGCAGUGAUUUUAAAUUGUGUAGAAAAAUAUGGGCAAAAUUUUAAAAAGAUAAAAAAUUUCCUUGUUGGGAGGUCAACAGCACAAUUGAGAAUAAGAUAUCAAGUCCUAAUAAGAAAAAGACUUUCAACUGUUUGGACAUUAACAGAAGAUCAGAAGUUACUUCAAUUGAUGGCAAAUCAAGACUCUUCAACAAGUUUUGCUAGUAUCAGCAAAUAUUUCUCAGGUAAAGACCGUACUCAUGUGAGAGCAAGAUAUUUGACAUUAAAGAAAUGGAUCCAAAGAAAUCCUAAUGUUGAUAUUAUACAUGCACCACGCCGUGGUGCUAGACGCUUAGGCCAUGGAGAGGCUGCUAAUAAUUUGGAUAAAGCUGUUGAACAAUUAAAAAAUAGAAUGCAAUCUGAAGUUGAAAGUAAAAAGUCAAAAAGAAUUACUAAAGAUUCUAGCGAAAAGGAUAUAGAAGAGUCUUUAAUUGCAUUUAUGGUCACAGAAUUUGUUCAAGAAUCUGAAAAGAAACCAGUUGUGGUUUAUCUACCUUAUGAAAAUGACAAUGUUAUGGUUGCCUCCACAAGCACUCUGGAUUCUACAAAUUUACAAAAAACCCUAGUAUUAUUAAGAGCUAAUUUAAAUCAACAGAAUUUUCAAAAAAGUUCACAUUCCGAAAAGUAUCCAGAAUUGAAAAACUCUGAAGGUGACGCUUGUUUAAUCAAAGUAAAGUCAUAUUCUAAAAAGAAUUCAGUGAAUACAAUAAAAAUUAACAAAUGCCCUGAUGUGUGGGGAAAUCCUAUCUCUAGACCUGCAGAAUAUGUGAUACCACCAAAUCUUUCUACUAUAACUGGUUGUAAGACAUUCAUUACUAAUCUCAAUAAUCCAACAAUGGCGACUAUAGAUCUAGAUGUUAGUCUUAAUCCAUUAAAAACGAAAAAUGCAAUCUUACAAGCACAGUUAUCUCUCUUAUUAGAACGGAUACAUAUGCUUUUUUUGUGGCCAAUGUUACUCUCCAAUGAAAUGCCAAAAGUAAAUAAUACAAGGAACAAACCCUUUAAAGUUAUGCUACCUAAAAUAAAAUAUGUCUAUUCACAAAAGAAUAGUUUGGCAUUAGAAGAUAAUAACAAUGAUGGUACUGAAGCAGCCAAAACAGUUAAGAAACCAUGAAAUACAUAAUCAUAAUGUAACUAAGUAAUACAUACUUAUUUUCAUUGAAUACCAAGAAUAUUUCGUAAGUAUUAUUUAUGAUAAUUGAUUAUUCAGCUGGCAGGGUCACUGUCUAAUCUAAAGAUAUUUAAAAAACAAACCGCAGGUGAUAGUGAAAGAUGGUUAUCAAUAAUAGUAAGUAAGCUAUGUUCUAACAGCCGCACUCAGAGACAUGUAUUAAAUGUUUGUAAAGACUUGCCUAUCAUAUUCCAGUGUUAUUGCAAAGAGAGUAACAGCUUCAGAUAUUAAGCUAUAAAAUUAAAUUCUACGUCUCUUAGUACAACCAUAGGAGGCUUAGGUUAAGUUAAAAGUUCUAAGUUACACUCAAUUAUUUUCAUUAUUAAUCAAUUUGUGAUAUUAGCAUCUGUUAGGAGUGUGUGUGAUACAUUUUGUUUUAAAUUACGUUUGUCUUAGAAUAAACUUAUAGUAAAUGUAUGCUAUAAUAUAUUUU